AUGGGGUAUUCAAAUAAAGAGGAAGAAUAUCCAGUCAAAGGUGAAUAUCCAGCUAACUCUCAGUUUGAAGAUAAAUGGGCAUCCUGCUUACAAACUAAAAACGAAAGUCAAAUAAGAAAACUACUUCUGGAUAAAAUUAUUCCGAAAUCAGCCAAUCUCGAUGUUGCAUACAGUAUCUUUGAACACUCCUAUGAUCUUCUUGGGGAAAUAUUUGCAUUGGUUUCAGAGUACAUAAAGAAUAAGUCACCAGACAUUCUCGGAGUGUACGCGGCAUAUGAUGAUAGAAAGAAUUCCGAAAAAAGAUAUUGCUUUUUGGUGUUCACAAAGCAAUCUGCGACAAGACCAAUACAUUUGAAGGUGAAAUAUCCAAUCAAGAUUGUUUGUGCCGAUGAUUGUAGUCAAGAAGAUGAAAAUGUUGUUAAAGAAAUCUUGAAAAGCUACAGCCCAUCUCUAAAAAUAAGUCAAGAAGAAUCCAAACUGAAUAAAUGUGUAUCGGAACAUUCCGAACGACUUAUGAAAGAGACAAAAAAUAUUACAUUAAUAACAACUUGCAUGUACAAAUCACAAAACUAUCAACUUGGAAAACCUCUUAAUUUGUUAGAAAUUCCAUGUAUAGUUAUACUUGUCAUGCAAAAGUACUGGAUACCAAUUGGGAGUAAGCCACUGCCGGAGAAACUCAACGGCAUCUCCGUGGAUGUACGAGAGGGUAUUGCAGUUCAAUUUACAGGAAAACUACCCACGGAAAAAUACGACAACGUACGCAUUGGCUGUAAAAUUGAAAGCAGCCUUCUUCAAGGAUCUGAUCAUCCAUCCCGUGUUUGCAAUGAAGGAACGCUUGGUGGAUUUAUACUUGGUACAAGUUCUAAAAUUUACGGAUUUACGUGUGCACAUAUUCUUUUUCCUGAGGAAACGUUGCAGAAAAUGCAAAAGGAUGAGCAGAUAUAUGUUGGAAAGAAUUUUGAACUUAAUGUUAGAAAACCGCAAGCAGAGAUAUCGAGUCUAAACACAAUUGUAAAAUGUCUAGAAGAAAGGAAAGUAUACCAAACAAGCUGUGAACAGAACGACUAUUUUGGAACUGUUGAGUUGGCAUUGUACGUACGAGGAGGUUCAUAUUAUUGUACUGGAGUUGAUUUUGCCCUCCUGAAAAUCGAUGAUGUACGGGUUCCAAACACAACUGAAUUCCCAUAUGUUAAUAAGCUAAGAACAUCUGACAGAGAAACAGAGGGCGCUUCGGUAGAAAGAGAAUUUCAUUUUAAUUCUGGAAAGGUAAUUGAAAAGGAUUUGAGACAUGGCGAUAAAGUUAUUAAGUAUGGAUGUAAAACACUACUGACGGAGGGAAUUUUCCGCGGGAAAAAUAGGUUUAAAUUCCUUGACGGUGAGAUGUGGCAUGGGCAGUGCGAAAUUAUUGCUGAGAGUGGUUUUGCAGAACCAAGUGAUUCCGGAUCCCUUGUAUUCAAACAAAAUGAUCGCGAUCUAGAAGCUGCUGGUAUUCUUGUAGGUGGCACUACAGCUCGAUUUGCGGUGACUUCAUUUCCAGACAUAAUAGAAACAACCGGUUUAGGAGACAUAAAAUUUCUGAAAUUUGAUGGCACGUAGACUCCCUGUAACGACACCUGUUUAAAAGAUAUGAAAGGGAAGGUCUAAUAAUAAGUGUAUGUUGUCCAAAGUGAAGAAUAACUAUGAUCGUAAGGAAUUUUUCAGCUUGUAACAUAUAGAACAUUUGAUUACGGUUACGUUAGUUCUGCAAUCUCGGGUUUUUUGCUUUUGCUACAUCGUUGAAUUCGAUUAAACCCAGAUGUUUCACAACUUGUACUUAGAAAAUAAGGCAAAUUAAAAAUGUACGAUCGU